AUGUCCACGACCUUGAGAAAAGAGACAAAUAUUUCAAAUGACGUGCAUCUGCCACCUGAAGUAUGGUAUCGUGUAUGCUCAUUUCUCCCCAAAUCAGAUCUCGUCAGCUUGAGACUUGUCUGCUCCAUGCUGGGCAGCAUUGCACUAGCAGAAUGCUACAAGACCAUAUACAUGGAGAUACAUCGAGAAUCCUCGCCUCGAAGACUUUGCGAAAUCGCUAAAUCAUGCAAACUUCGCCAUCAAGUUCGAGAAUUAGUAUUGUACGACAACGCAGAUUACUACUGGGGGUUCAGGAGCGAUUAUAGCCGUCAAAGUUUUCUCAACACACUCCCAUUUGUCCGUUUCUUCAGCAGAUUAACCUCCCUUCGUGUCCGGUUUCGUACAUACCCCCCGGACUUCCACAAUCGAGAUAACGAUCUCGCCAUUCAGCAUCGGCACGCUAUGCUGGAUACAAUAUUUUUUUGGAUUGCGGGGAUGGGGAAUACAGAUACUCGAGAGAUGAUCGACUUCGAUGCUGGUUCUCACGGAGACAAGAUCCAAGAGGAUCCAGACGGAAGAAUGUCCAUUUCUGAUUUUGCGGACUUUUCCCAGCCAGCUAUACCACUCCAACAACUCAUCGUUACCAAUUUACCAAGCCACCAUGGUGUCCGAUUUAAAAUUUCAGAAGCUUUCUUAAAGAUCAUAUCAAUGGCUAGUCUUAGGGAUCUCAGGCUCCAUGCUGAGGCACGGAGAGACUCAAUUCACCCCCUCGAUGCACCGGAAGUUUCUUCACCAUACAGCCCAGGGACGUACAAGUUUUUCGAUAGCUUGCAUGUCUCAUGGCUCGCUCCAGAAAUCGCCAAUAAUCUGCGGAUUCUGACUCUCCAUUGCCAAGACUUCUGGGGAUGGUGUCCCAGGAUGGAUCUUCGUCGCUUUGAGUUUCCCCAGUUAAAGGCUCUUUCUCUUGGACGAUAUGUCUUCAGCCAUCAGUGGCAGACUGACUGGUUCGCAUCUAUUGGGAAACGGAAUGGCAGUGAAGGGUUAGAGGAGCUUUAUCUUCAUGAUUGUCCCAUCCUUUAUGAAGCUACCCAGAUAGGCCCCUUUGACACAUUUGAUCCCGGAUAUCCUCUUACAGAGUCAGUGCUAGGCGAUAUGCAAGACCAUGAAACCCACAAAUAUCCAAUUCGAUGGCACAAUAUCCUCUCACAGUGGAUGAGACUGUUAAAUAAGCUCAAGGUCUUUCAUAUGGCACAAAGGACCUACCAGAAAAGUCCGCAAGAUAUGUUCACGAAGCAUAAAUAUGUCGAAGAAAUUUCGCUGCGUCAUCGAAUCUGGUAUGAUCUUCUAGAAGAGCUAGGAAGCCCUUAUCCUUCAGGACCUGUGACUCACUCAAGUCUGGAACACGCAUCGAGUUUAAAAAGGCAACUGACCGGUAUCAAAUUUGAUCAACAUCGAGAUGUCCGGAUGAAGUAUAUCAAAUACGACAUUCAGAGAGAGCCUGAUAAUGCUCAUUGGCCAUGGGAUCAUCCAGAGGAUUCCUAUGAGGGUUUGGCACCGGAAGAAGGUACUGUUAUGAGAGACAAUGCCGCUUAUGGGAUGCUCAUGGAUGCGGUUAAUUCAAGGGCUGUGUUAGGAGGCUCCGUCUAA